AUGGCCGGCCCGGUCCUCCUGCUCAGCCUCGGCCUCCUGGCCGGCCUGCUGCCGGCGCUGGCCGCCUGCCCCCAGAACUGCCACUGCCACGGCGACCUGCAGCACGUCAUCUGCGACAAGGUGGGCCUGCAGAAGAUCCCCAAGGUCUCGGAGAAGACCAAACUGCUCAACCUCCAGCGCAACAGCUUCCCCGUGCUGGCCGCCAACGCGUUCCGGGGCCUGCCCAGCCUGGUGUCGCUGCACCUGCAGCACUGCCAGAUCCGCGAGGUGGCGGCCGGCGCCUUCCGCGGCCUCAAGCAGCUCAUCUACCUGUACCUGUCCCACAACGACAUCCGCGUGCUGCGCGCCGGCGCCUUCGACGACCUGACCGAGCUCACCUACCUCUACCUGGACCACAACAAGGUGACCGAGCUGCCCCGGGGGCUGCUGUCCCCGCUGGUCAACCUCUUCAUCCUGCAGCUCAACAACAACAAGAUCCGCGAGCUGCGCGCCGGCGCCUUCCAGGGCGCCAAGGACCUGCGCUGGCUCUACCUGUCGGAGAACGCGCUCAGCUCCCUGCAGCCCGGAGCCCUGGACGACGUGGAGAACCUGGCCAAGUUCCACCUGGACAGGAACCAGCUGUCCAGCUACCCCGCGGCGGCCCUGAGCAAGCUGCGCGUGGUGGAGGAGCUGAAGCUGUCCCACAACCCGCUGAAGAGCAUUCCCGACGGCGCCUUCCAGUCGUUCGGCCGGUACCUGGAGACCCUCUGGCUGGACAGCGCCAACCUGGACAAGAUUUCCGACGGUGCCUUCCUGGGGGUGACCACGCUGAAAAACGUCCAUCUGGAGAACAACCGCCUGACCCAGCUGCCCUCCAACUUCCCCUUCGACAACCUGGAGUCACUCACUCUCACCAACAACCCCUGGAAGUGUACCUGCCAGCUCCGGGGCCUCCGGAGGUGGCUGGAAGCCAAGACUUCCCGCCCCGAUGCCACUUGUGCCUCGCCUGCCAAGUUCAAGGGCCAGCACAUCCGUGACACGGACGCCUUCCGCAGCUGCAAGUUCCCCUCUAAGAGGUCCAAGAAAGCCGGCCGCCAUUGAACAGGUCCUGAUCCAGCCAGUCCCGGCGACUGGUCUCUGCCUUCUGCUGGAGAAACUACUGACCUCCCACCUCUGACCCCGCCUUCUUCCACAGCCUCUGCUGAUGCACAGAGCUGUCCACACCUAGACGCGUCCUGGCAGGGGGCUCAGCACUCCAGUGUGAACCCAGCUCCACCAUCUCUGCCUGACAGCGAGGGCUCCAUCACACCCGGCCCCGCCACGGCUCCUCUCAGAGAAGCCGUUGCCGAGACCCUCAAGACCUUCAGAACCAGAACUGGGUGGUCAUCAGGAUGGCCACCCUUCCGGAACCCUCC